CAUAGCAUGCUUAAUUACACAUAGUGACCUCUAAAUUCCUUUCAAGUAAAUCUUCGUGCUCAUACAAUGUAUGCCCUGACUAUUAGCAUUUUUAAGUGGCUUCUUAAAUACCUUGGAUUACCUCUAUCAAUUAUUUUUGCUAUGUACCGUUUGUGUAAACGAGUCCAAAACAAUAAAAUAAGAAAUGCUUUACAAGGAAAGGUUGUUGUUGUUACUGGAGCAAGUUCUGGUAUAGGAGAAGCCUUAGCUCAUGGUUUAUAUGAAAAUGGUUGUAAAGUUAUUUUGGCAUCAAGAAGGAUAAAUGAAUUGAACAGAGUAAAGGAAGAUCUCUUAUCAAAAAAAAAUGCUUUAACAACAGAGGAACCACUUGCCAUUGAAUUAGAUUUAUCAAAUUUAAAUCAGUUAGAGUCAUUUGUUAACAAGGUUUAUGAAAUUUGUGGGAAAAUAGAUAUUUUGAUUAAUAAUGGUGGAGUAUCUCAUCGUGGUUCAAUCCUCCAUACAAAGUUAGAUGUGGAUCAGAAAAUCAUGUUAACAAACUAUUUGGGCUCUGUAGGAAUAACAAAAGCUGUGUUACCAAGAAUGGUAGAAAGGAAAAGUGGUCACAUUGUGUUUAUUAGCUCAGUCCAAGGCUUAAUAGCUAUACCUGAUCGGUCUGCAUAUGCCGCAUCAAAACAUGCUCUUCAGGCUUUUGGAGAUUGUUUGCGUUCUGAAAUGUAUCAACAUAAUAUAGAUGUAUCUGUUGUUAGCCCGGGAUAUGUUAAGACAUCCGUUUCAUUAAACGCUCUUACUGGUUCUGGAGAAAGCCAUGGAGUUGUGGAUUCAAGCACUGCUGCUGGAUUUUCAGCGGAAUAUGUUGCUAUGAAGAUUGUAGAUUUGCUUGUGAACAAAGAUAAAGAGUUAAUUAUAAGCCAGUUUCUUCCAAACUUAGCAAUAACAAUAAGGCAUUCAAUGCCAUUUUUAUACUUUUGGAUAAUGGCUAGAAGAGCUAAUAAGACUGCUUAAGAGCAAAGUACUGCACUAACUUGUAGCACAAACAUCAUACCGUAGUAAUUAGAUAUCAAAUAGGAUCUUGUAUCCAAGGGUUAAACUCAGCUUACAUGGUAAAUAAGUUGAUUGGUACAUUAAUUAUUUAUUUAUUAAUUUUGCUAAUCUACUGGUGUAAAUAAAACAGAUUGAAAAAUUAA